CACAAAACCAUCCCAAAAGCGCCCACCGUCACGCGGACCCGCGACUUGUCCGUCCCCACACGACUCCCCGCCGGCUACUCUCCUCCCCCCAACGGCGCUCCGCCCGCUGCUCGCCGGCUUCCUCCCGCCAGCUCCAGUCCGCUUGCGAUGAAGAUCGCGGUGGAGGGUUGCAUGCAUGGGGAGCUGGACAUCGUCUACGACACGCUUCGCAAGCUCGAGGAGGCCGAGGGAAUCAAGAUUGACCUCCUCCUCUGCUGUGGCGACUUCCAGGCUGUUAGGAAUACAGAUGAUUUACGGUGUGUUAACGUCCCACUAAAGUAUCGUACCAUGAACUCAUUUUGGAAGUACUACUCAGGACAAGCAGUUGCUCCAUACCCAACCAUCUUUAUCGGUGGAAAUCAUGAAGCAUCUAAUUAUCUGUGGGAAUUGUACUAUGGAGGAUGGGCAGCACCUAACAUAUACUUUUUAGGGUUUUCUGGUGUUGUUAAGUUUGGAAACAUCCGAAUUGGUGGACUGUCAGGAAUACAUAAGCAACACAAUUAUCACUCAGGACACUAUGAGAGGCCUCCAUACAAUGAACAGACUAUACGAUCUGUGUACCAUGUUAGGCAUUACGAUGUUCUCAAGCUCAUGCAUUUGAAGGAGCCACUAGAUAUAUUCUUAUCACAUGAUUGGCCUCUGGGCAUUACUGAGUAUGGGAACUGGCAGAAGCUCAUUCGCGCGAAGAAGCACUUUGAAGAAGAGGUUAACAGUAGAACGCUAGGUAGCAAACCUGCAGCUGAAUUACUGAACAAACUAAAACCGCCCUACUGGUUUUCAGCACAUUUGCAUUGCUGGUUCCCGGCUAUCAUCCAACAUGGAGAGAAUGGACCUACAACGAAGUUUCUUGCCCUUGAUAAGUGCCUUCCUGGCCGGAAUUUUUUGCAGGUUAUAGACAUUCCAUCCAAUCCAGGACCACAUGAAAUCCAGUACGAUGAAGAAUGGCUUGCCAUAACAAGAAGAUUCAAUAGCAUUUUCCCCUUAACUCGAAGGCGAUUUACUAUGCGGGAUGAGCAGCUUGACACUCAAGAUGACCGAGAAUGGAUUCGGAACAAGUUGAAUACUAGAGGGUUUAAGCCGUUUGACUUUGUCCAGACUGCACCAUCUUUCAAUCCUUCCAAUCCAGUCUCCAAUUCCUCCAUAACAAGAAGUUGCAGGAAUCUACAAACUGAGUCUUUCCUCCAGCUUCUGGAACUCCCAUAUCUGCUGGACUCAUCUAACUCUGAGGGGGUGUCUUUUGUUAAUGAGGUCGAUAGAAACGAGUCAAGCUCUCAGCCAGGAAACACGCUUGAUGAUGAAGAUAUAGAACUACCGGAUGAAGAUGAAGAUGCCAUAGAUGAAUAGACGACGAUGAGUGAAUGAGCCGGAGUAGUUGGACAAGUUCUGUUGCACCGUCCCAGUUGCAGGGUUUGCCUUGAGGGAUGGGUUUGUCUCUGCUUGGUUAUGGGAGAAUGUCUGUGGACUCGCAGGCUAGCCCAAUGCAAACUUUCUUCGGUGUUGAAUUGUUGGUAUCGUUCAAAGUUCGAACUACAUUCGCACUGAUUGUUCAGCUAAUUCACAAAACAUGUGUAUUUGGUGGAAAACGUUAACCCAAAUGACAUCUACUAGCAAAAUCGAGUUCAACUUCCUAAAACCAUAUGUUCUAACAUGCAUGUGUAACUCCUAGUCUCGUUUCUAGAAGAUUGCUCAGUACUUGGAUCA